GACGUUUCACAACUGUUGAUCGGCCAAAUUCGGGUAAUCAUCAGGGCAGAAGGUCGAGGAUCGUCGAAGACGAGGAUGAAAUUGAUGUAACUUACAACGGGGUGAGAGAGACGUGUAUACAAUUGAAAGGACAGAAGAGCGGAGGAGAAAGAGGAGGGAGAAGGAGAAUCGUCUCACAGCUGAAUUACUCUCACUCGAGAGGCCCCCGUCGCUUCUUCGUGGGGGCCUCAAGUAUCCCCCUGCUUCUCGUGGGGUAUAAAGGACCCUGGUCUACCUUGGAGAGUCACAGAACUCUGAGCGGCAUCGCAGAAGCCGACAUGAAUCAUCUGCUCGUGUGUAUGAUAGUCGGCCUGGCUGGGUUCGCCUUGGCCGAACCACCAAUUUCCUCCGGAUACAGCUAUAGCAGGCCAAGCGGCGGAGGAGGCGGUUAUUCCCAUGGCGGAGGUGGCGGAGGUGGCGGAUACUCGUUAGGAGGUGGAGGAGGAGGAGGAGGUGGUGGAUACACCGCCGUAUCCACUGGCUACCAAACCAGCGAGGGUGCCUCCGUCGAUGGAGCUCUCCUCGAACAGAUCCGUCAGAUCCUGUUGAAGGAGGAACUGCAAGCCCAACAGUCCGGUGGAUUCGGAGGCGGUGGUUACGCCCCUAGCUCCAGCUACGGUGCCCCAUCGAGCCAGUACGGUGUACCAAGCUCCAGCUAUGGUGUACCGGGCUACCAGACCCGCGUGGUGGGCGUCGAUCUCGAAGGAAUCAGACAAGCCAUCCAAGUAGCACAAUUCAACCAAGUGAGCCAUGGGCCUGGUGGUUAUCCAAGCUCGUCCUACGGGGCACCAAGUUCAUCCUACGGGGCACCGAGCAGACCCAGCAGUAGCUACGGUGCGCCGUUCUAAACGGUCAUCGAACUUCAACGGAUUGGAUGAUGGGAGAGCGAGAGAGGGAGAGAAAGAGAGAGAGCGAGUGAAGACACCAGUCGACCAGAGAAACGAUGAUCUUUCGAGCUAAAAUCUUUAACGAACUCGUGAUUACACUUGGUCCAGGGAAAACCGGGACGAAUGGCGGGAGAUCAGAGAACUCGUAUCGAAACCUAGUUCUUCCAAGUGACAUGUAUUUUACCUCCAACUCGCUCGGAAGGUCGUCGUACAAAAGGCAGAUCGUUGAGAAGGAUUCGUAUCCGAAGCUGAAUGUCCCCCCCCAAACCCCCCACUGUUCGUAAUCGACAAAGGUCCCUCACUGACGAAGGUCAUCAGGACGGGUCAAGAUUCUUAAGGAUGGAAGAGAUCAAGGAUGUACGUACACGCAGGAACAUCGGGCAAGGAUUCCAAGGCUCCUGUUUCGUUGAAAUCAAAUCGUCGUCGUUUCAACGAGCCACGAUCCUCGAAGGAAUCGCGAGAGUGUACGAAAGGUAACCAGCUCUAAACCACUGUCUCGUUGGAGAAUAAAGGUCGUCGCUUCAACGGGUCAGGGCUCUGGAGUGGAAUCGAAGAACGUCGAAAUCGAAUCGGUCAGCUUAACGAUCUGAGCGUCGACCUGGUGUCAGAUUCUAUCGUACCAAAAUCAUUGCGUCGUCGCCGUGGUCGGAUCCGCGAUGGAUCUAUACGUAUCAAGUGAUAAUAAUUAAACCGAGCCGAGAAAAUAACUACGGUAAAAGAUGGAUCUCAUAGAGAUUCGACCUAACUAUUCUAUUCGCAAGACUCCGUGAACGAAAGCCGUGGUUUCCGGAGCCGAAGCCGAAGCCGUGAUCGGCGCUAGAACGCGCCUUGUAAAUACAAUUAACACACGCUUUCCACAGCGUCCGCUGCGUCGUUCGAUCGUACGAGGAGGAACUGAAGCGUGCAUGAAAAUCGAAGAAAACCAAUCUGGCUAAUGGAACAUCCAAAGGAGCAUCGAAACAAGAAUUAUCAAAAUGGACCGGGUACCAUUGACGAGGAACGGAGCGGGCGCUGACGCGUACCACAUACGUACACAACACGAAUACACUCUAUUUUUUUAUAUGUUUUAAACGCUACUCCUUAACCACGCAUACUUCUUUUUUUAUACUUGUA